AUGGCACCACGAGCGCUGGACGCAUCGUCGGUGAUCUCGGAACCGCUGACACCGCCGCUGACGGGCCGCGCCGCACGAGACCGGGACGCGCUCUUUGGAGCAAGCGCGGGCACUGCGCCUAACCCUGCGCCUGUGUCGAGGCGCAAGCAACCAGUCGCUGGUGCGGAGAAGCGCCCGCGGCCCGGCCGACCGUUGAACGGAGCCGCUGAUGCGGCCGUUCGCGGGCUGGAAGUCGCAGGGGAAGCGGCUCCACCUUCCACAUUCGCAGCAAGCACCAGUGCGCCGGACGCCGAGCUGUUGCAGAGCCGCCAAACUCAGGUUGAGCAGCUGCGGCGCCAGGCUACGGACGCUGCGCUGCGGGGGCGUCAGUCAUCGCGCCGGGCGCUGCAGCUUGCACGAGAGGCGCGAGCGAUAGGCGUCGACGUUACCAUGAGGCUGGGCGAGCAGGACGAACAGCUGGAUCGCGUGCAAAACGAUCUGGACGAGAUUCACGGCCACCUGACGCACAGCGACGAAAUCAUUCACGACAUGCAGAGUUUCUGGAAGAAGAUGUGGCCUUGGGCGCGCGAUCGGAAUCGGCGGCACGAGCGCUACGCCCCGGUGCUGGGGGCAGACGGGCCCUCGACGUCAGCGACGCGGCACGAGAUUGCAUGCCUGCAGCGCCAGCGCGAGGCGGGGACACUGAACCUGCGGGAACGGCCGCCAGCUGCUUGCUCGUCUGAGCGUUCGGCGGAUGAAGCGCGAGCAGCUGACGAUGCGCAGGUCGGGUCAUCGCCAGGGUCGGUACCGGCGCACGCGCUUCUACAGGACGCGGUGGAUGGCGAGGCGGCGUCGCUCGAUGGCGACAGCGAGCGUCGGCGGGGUCUGCUCUCGUCGCUGCGGCGCGUAACGCGGCGGGUACGCGGCGUCGACGAGCCCGAGGACCGUGUGCGGCGCGAGCGGGCUGCGCUGCUCGCAGAGGGUACCGCUCCGACGGCUGCUGCUGGUGCUGCGGCAGCGUCGCCUGCGGACGCAACCGAAUGCGCGGAUGCGUCUGCGCAGGCCUCGGCGGCGCCGUGGGAAGAGCACGUUCAGGCACAGGAUCGGGACCUCGACGAGCUGAGCGUUGUGGUGUCGGACCUGCGGACGCUUGCAGUUGGCAUCGGAGAGCAGGUGCGCCACCAGAGCACCAAGAUCGACGUGAUUUCGAAGGACGUGGACUAUGGGCGCGAGCGCAUCCACGAGAAUAACCGUCGCAUUCGACGCAUGCUCUAG